GUAGUGUGCCCUGAGACUCGGAAAUCAAGGGGAGUGACGUGAUAAAAGGCUAGCCACUUGAGAUUUGACAUAGAUUUUAGAUACAUGUACACCACGCUCUUGUAAGUUAGAUUUUAAUUGGAAAUUUUAUGGUCCCAAACCGAUUUUGUUCAGUAAGUUCCGAGCCUUGUGCAUUUGUGGGACCCGUUUCACGAGUGCACGGCGUCUGUCGCGCCUCAGAUUUGGGUUCUGGGGCGUGACAACUGCAAUGCAGCCAAAGCAAAUGGAAGAGUAGGAUAAGUUACCAAACCCACAAAUUGCGAACUAAUCAUGCAAGUAGAAAUAGAGAAUUCUGAUAGCACGAUCACAUCAUCAUUAAUUAGUGAUAUAGUUGAAUUUGUAAACGAUGCUUUUGCGAAUUGUUUCAUUACCGACUCCCUAAUUAAAGCCCACAUUGCCCUUAUUCCUAAAGGUGACAUUCUAGAUACCAUUCAAAAGUUUAGACCCAACAGCCUCCUGAAUGUGGCGUACAAAGUGCUUUCUGAAGUCACUGUUAAUAGGAUUAUGCCACCAUACUUUAGAAACUGCUUGGUCUCAUCAAAGCAGUUACUUGAAGUUCAGCUGGUAACAUUAUUCUUACUCAGGAAGGUAUUCACACACUUAGACGAAUGAAAGGCAAGAAAUGCGGGAUAGUUUUCAAUCUUGACCUACACAAGCCAUUUGAUAACCUGGACUGGAAUUUCCUUGAGGGAGUGCUUCAUGACUUUAAUUUU